AUGGGCACCAUCGAGACUGGGGCGGCAUUGCAACUGCUGCGUGCGAAGCAGAACGCUUACUAUAUCCAGGCGGUGCAGGAAGCCCUGCAAGCGGAGGAGCAGCGCAAGCAAAAAUUACAUAAGGUCACCAGCAAGGGGGAGGCAAAACGACUAGAAAAGCUAUUCAUUCGCGAACGAACUGCUGAUUGCGAGCGGCUACGUCACAUUCAAGAAGACCAUGCAUUAUUAUUAAAUGCCAAAAUUGCCCAGUGGAAGGCGACAGGGGGAAUGUCAAAGAUUAACCCUAAAGAGACUGCAGCAAGCAAGAGUGCUGGGCGUCGAGCACAAUGCAAAGAGAAGUCACACAAAGCGAAGUUCACAAAGGAAUCGCUGGAUCGCCUUGCUGGACCUCGCGCGUCGACUGCUAAGACAGAGGACACAGACGAUCAUCCAACAACUUUCAACUCUCGAGGUACUGCGGAAACGUCUCAAGAGCUCGAGUUCUACAAGAACGUGUAUCGAAAGCAAGAUCGUGCGCGGUUAGCUCGCAACGCGUCGACGCCGCUUUUAACUCUCACCGCUUCAAACCUGCGCACGGUGCGUGCUACCAUUCCAUCAUCGUAAAACUUGUUGAGAAAUGGCGACUCAAACUUUUUGUUUCGUCAAAAGAUGUCGGAAACCGAGCUGCUCCACAAGGAGGCGAACCUGUUGACGGAGCUGCACGGUGUGGUAUCGCUGGAGGCUCGCAUCAUUCAGGACGAUCAGUGCACGAUUCGCUCGUCUGUGUCAAGCUGGACUUCCACCAGCGAGUAUCAACCUCCCAGAUAAAAAAAUAUAUGUAAUUACACGAAGACAGGUAGCAUACAACCACCUAUUAUUCAGAAAGGUUUAGAAACUGUAA